AAUUUUGAUUACCAGCAUCGAUUGAUGUGAGAAGAUACUGCAUCUCGGUAUAUUAAGAUGUGUAAGCUUGUCUUUUUUCAGUGUGAAUCGAGUUUCAGAGUCCGCGUCUGCAACUACGGGAUUCGUUUUAUAGUGUAAAAAUGAAUAAAGCAUCAGUGUUACUUUCUUUCGCCUGCGCUCUGUGUCUAUUUGUCGCCAGGAACGGUUGUGAAGCUGAAGUUAUUAACGACAUAGACACAGAUGUGAACAGAUUAGAUGUCGAUGAAGAUUUCAACCGAGUACCUUUGCCGUAUUUCAGGCCUCCGUGUUGUAAACAAAUUUACACGCCGUUGGACAAUGCAGAGACGAAUAGAUUAGAUGAAGAUGACGCAAAUUCGAUCGAUAUCGUACGACCUAUACCACCUCCACUGCCGUAUCUAGCACCGCCUCCAAUGCCGAUGUCCAUGCCAUCUGAAUCUGAGCGAUCGUUUCCAAUACCGAUACCCCCACCCCCGACUCCACCUGGCCAGUGGUUCGAUGCCGUUGUGUUCGUACCAAUGCAACCGAUGCAUUGAAAAAGAAUACACCGAUCUACGAUUCAAUUAUGUAAAACAACCAGAACCAAUAAAAACUCGAUCACUCAAAACUCCUCAAA